CCGUCGUCCCUCUGCUCCAUCAUGUUUAGAAACACAUACGACUCUGAUAACACCGUAUUCUCGCCACAAGGACGUUUACACCAAGUAGAAUAUGCGGUAGAGGCCGUAAAGCAGGGAUCCGCCGCGGUGGGCUUGCGAUCGAAGACACAUACCGUCCUGCUCGCGCUCAAGCGUUCCACUGGCGAGCUGGCUUCAUACCAGCAGAAGAUGUUCAGGAUAGAUGAUCAUGUCGGCAUCGCUAUUGCAGGCCUGACGUCCGACGCGAGGGUAUUGAGCAAUUUCAUGCGACAACAAGCGAUGUCCGAGCGUAUGGUGUUCAAUCGCCCCAUACCAGUCAACCGUCUCGUUUCUGCGAUCGCCGACAAAGCGCAGGUCAACACGCAAGAGUAUGGACGUAGGCCGUAUGGCGUCGGCUUCCUCGUCAUUGGCCAAGAUCAGACUGGACCCCACCUUUACGAGUUCUCGCCGACCGGAACAUCCUACGAGUACUACGCCAUGUCCAUCGGUGCACGAAGUCAGAGUGCAAAAACAUACCUUGAGAAACAUUACGAGAGUUUCAUGGAUGCUUCACUGGAAGACCUCAUCCGACAUGGCCUACAUGCUUUGCGGGAAACCUUGCAACAAGACAAGGAGUUGACAAUCAACAACACGUCUAUCGGCAUAGUUGGUCCCGCGGGUGUGCAUGAAAGAGGAGUGUCGCCGAGUGGACCUUUCCGGAUCCUCGAGGGAGACACCAUUGACGUCUACCUCCAGAGUAUGCAGCCAAAGGAGGGACCUGAGGGACCUGCCGCUCCAGCGGCACAGCCUGCUGCGGCUACUGAAGCAGCAGGCUCAGACGAAGACGUUCAGAUGGUCGAGUAGAGUGCUGUACGUAUUCGGCUGUAGCUUCGGACUGUUGCGACUCUCUCGAUGUCGCAUGCGUGGCUUUCGGAUUGUAGUGUACAGGUUAUGAUAGGCUCCGAAUGGCGCCUCGCGUAAGAAUGAACGAUGAAUUCCAUAUUGUCCAGCAAGAGAGAGAUGUUCCCCGAAAGAGCCAGUGUUUGACGUUUAACGUGGUACAACGCCCAGUAGACCCGCCCCGCUCUUGAGGCCACGACCGCGAGCGGCCAAUAGGCUGAUUCCGACACAACUGAGCAAGAACCCGGCAAACCUGAAGAAAGCGACACGCGAUAUGGACCGUUCCUCCAUCGCGGAGCGCGAGGAGGCAAAGAUCGUCCUAAGCACCGCCGGCGUCACCGGAAAUCGGCGCUUGGGUGGUGUGUGUGGCGGCUGGUUCGCUGCAGGGAUGCCAGUCACUGUUGACGACGUCGCAGAACGAGGUGGCAUCGGAGGUAGACUUGCGGAAGGUAAGAAAUUCAGGAUGCAUAAACGCGUCUUUUGCUCUCAGUCAU